AUGGACGACCACCUCCUCAACCACAGGCGGAUGCACGUCCCGUCGCGUGUACUUACAACCACCGUCCACGAACUUCUCUUCGCGGACAACUGCAGCCUCAACAUCACCUCGGAAGAGGAAAUGCAAAGGAACGUGGAGCUCUUCGUCACUGCCUGCAAGAACUUCGGUCCGAUAACCAACACGGAGAAGACGGUAAUCCUGCACCAACCGCCACCCAACACAGCCACUCCCACAAAGCGUCGCAGAUCGGCGUGAACGGAAUCCAACAGCAAAUGGUGGACAACUUCACGUAUCUGGGCAGCACCGAAAUCGACGACGAGGUGGCCAGCAGAAUUUCCGAAGCCAGUAAAGCCUGCGGUCGUCUUCAGAACACAGUUUGCAAUCGUUACGGUCUUCAACUCAGCACGAAACUGAAGAUGUUCAAGUCCGUCAUCCCACCGACAUUGCUGAAUGGAACAGAAAUCUGGACGCUGUACAUGAAGCAGGCACUUAGACUCAACCACUUACUACUCAGUUGUCUUCGUGAAAUACUGAAGCUGAUGUGGCAGGACGGAUCUCAGACACGGACGUACUGCGGUGGACGGGAAUCCUCAGCGUCCACGCUAUGCUGA